AUGGCUUUUAUGACUCGUGUGAAAUUGCAUCUACAGCUCUUUCGUUCAGAAGACGCGAUGUCAUUGUGGCGUCGACCAAGGUCGCCAAGUUGGUCGAUGGACAGCUAUAUCGAGGAUAUGUCGCGACGUAUUGAUCGCGCUCUUGAGGAGUGUAGACGUGACAUGCGACGAUUUGAAGAGAGUUUCUUCCCACGGGCCAAAUAUGGCGAAGCUCAACGGGUAUCGACAAUUUCAUAG